AUGGCCGCCGCAUUUGGCGGUCAGGACGACGAUGACGAUGAAGGUCACGGCAAUGACGGGCUGUCAAGCUCCUUGUCCGUGGCCGGCAAUGGUUUGCCUCCUUCCUAUGGAUAUUCUUCCCCUCCAUCAUCGUCGGCUGGCAACGGAGCGAGUGGCAAUGUUGAGGGCAACGACGACGUCUUCUUUGACGCUGGCGACGCACUGGCCUCCGCUUCGGAUCCAUUAGGGGCUGCCGCGAUGGACAACUCCUCCCGCCCUGCGCCUACCACUACCUACAGCCAGCAAGCUAGAGAUCGCCAGGGAGCUGGAAACACAGAAAGGGCUGCAGUGGCGAGCAGCGGGUACGACUUCGAACAGGCAUCCUACUUCACGCCACCUCCCCCCGCCAGCAGAAGGACGCCCUCGGCGCUGUCAAGGUCCAACUCGGAAACCCAGAUGAGGCCAGGCGAUGUGUCGAUUUCCAUGUCGGAAGCUGAUGGAGAAACAUCAAUGAGCGGCGGGCCCCUUGGCGGCUCGUCUUCUGGCAACAUGGCCGGACUCGAUGCCACUGGCCUGUCGAGGGCACGGAUGUUGCUGGGCAGAUUCGGUCGCUUUGUGGGGAUGCGGGUGCCUGGAGCGACGUAUGCGAGCUUGAGCACACAGGAUGAUGCGGCGCAAGCGACUCGACGACGAAUCAUGGGAUCUGGUAUCAGCCAGGAUGGUGUCUUUGCCAAUCUCAAUGCCAAGCCCGAGAGGCGGCGACGCAGAGCCGACGGAGAAGAUCGAGGCGACGACGACGACCUCGUCGAAGACACUCUUCCGCCGACCUACGAGACGGCUGCGGCCGACACGGCGCCGCCGUACUGGGAGACUACCAUCAUUGGAGGCCCUGGUGGCCUCCACCCACUGGCACCCGGCGGCAUGGGAUGGACACCCGGUGGCACCCACGUCGGCGCCAUCGAAGAUCUCAUCGUGGAUGGCCUGCCCGUCGGAAACUUCUUUGGCUUCGCCUGGAACCUCCUCGUCUCAAUGAGCUUCCAAUUUGUUGGCUUUCUCCUCACCUACCUCCUCCACACCACCCACGCUGCUCGUUGCGGCUCGAGAGCCGGCCUGGGAAUCACGCUGGUCCAGUAUGGCUUCUACCUUCGCACGCGAGCGAUACAAAUCGUCGAUGGAAAGCUGCCCGAUGAUGGACUGUCGGGCUUGCCUGGCGACAGCGGGUCUCAAGGCGGCCAGCAGGGCGGUCCGUGGUGGAUGUAUCCGAACCAGCCCGCUGAUGACUCCGACUCUCACAACGAGGCAGCCAGGAGCUUCAUCUCUCGCAGCCUCUCCUUUGUCGCUCGACAAGUGACGGAAGCAACAGCAUCGGCCAGUGUCGGCGGAAAUGCGACGAUGGCUGAAGCCCUUGCAAACGACACGAAUCCCCCCGUCACGAAUGCCCAGGACCUUGGCGCCAGCACCGAGUGGCUUGCCUACAUUCUCAUGGCCCUUGGAUGGUUUAUCCUCUUCAGCAGCCUUCUCUCCUACUGGCGCGUUCAUCGAUGGGGCAAGCAGCUCGUCGAUGCAGCGAGGCGCGAUGCAGAGUCGUCAAACAACGCAAAUAACGACGAAGCAGGCGCCGAGACGUCCACGUCCGGAGGUGCCUCUGGUUCUGCGACUGCGCCACGCGAUCCCAACGCGCCAAUCGGCUUCAUUCACACGCUCCGAGCUGCCUUUGAAAGGAGCCGGACUUCCACGUCGUCAGCCACGGGUGGAACGGGCGCGAGCGGUGCAAGCGUCGGCAGCCGAGGGCAUAGCGCCGAGGACUGGGUCAUCUUUCCCGGUAUGACGGCAGCCGGCUCGGCCUCUCGCAGCCGGCUCCUCUUUGGGGGCGUUGGUGGGCUGGGAGGUGGGCCUAUGCGCGGACGGAGGAGGUCGGAUCUAGAAGUUGGGGAAGCAGAGGCCAAUCGAGACAGUGACGAUGACGAUGACAGCGACGAGGAGGGUGCGUCAUCGGCCGAAGCCAGGAGACUGGUGACGGACUUGCGAAACGUCGGUCUCAUUGAGUAG